AUGGAGGAGAAGGGUAGCAGCGGCGGGGACGCCGGCGGAGAGCAGCUCCGCGUCGUCAAGCACGAGCUGCGGACGGCUAAUUUAACCGGACAUGCAGAGAAGGUGGGGAUUGAAAAUUUUGAGCUCUUAAAGGUCUUAGGAACUGGAGCUUACGGAAAGGUGUUUCUCGUGCGUAAAGUGAGUGGCCACGAUGCUGGAAAGCUGUACGCCAUGAAGGUCCUGAAGAAGGCCGCCCUCGUCCAGAAGGCCAAGAGCACGGAGCACGCGCGGGCGGAGCGGCAGGUCCUGGAGCAGGUGCGGCAGUCGCCCUUCCUGGUGACGCUGCACUACGCCUUCCAGACAGAGGCCAAGCUCCACCUCAUCCUAGGCUGA